AUGAAUAGCCACAGUUAUUUUUCUCCUCGUGUGAUGGUCGGAGCAGCUAUUGUCGGCAUCGUAGGAGCAGCUGGAGUCUUCAUAUAUGAACAGAUUUAUGCUGAAAAGCGGAGAUCAAUGUUAGUGAGUGAAGUGGCAAGACUGGACAAACAGGUGUCUUCAAUGAGAACAGAACUUGAAGCCCUCAGAGAAUUACAGAAAGAAACACACAUGCGACGCCAAAAGCAGAAGAAGGUUCGCAAAGUACGACAGGUCAAAGCGACCCCUUCUGGGGACGCCGUUGAUGCACCUGAACCGAGCUACGUAUCAGACUCCGAGUACAUGACUGACUACGCAUCUGUGGUAGGCACAGAUGGUGAAAUGGACAGCGAGGAGUUCUACGAUGUGCCCACAGACGAGGACGAUGACGACACGCUCCGGGAGUCGAUGAGGAAUGGACAUACCUCCGACUUGUUAGACGAGGACCCAUCGGACAAAGUAGCUGAAUCAAAAGCAACGUUCAAGAACGCGACAUAG